AUGGCGACUCUUCCGUCUUGGCUGCCUCUACGGGGCGGCGGCGAUCACAGUCGAAGCUCAGCAAAGAGUGCCUCCUUGGCAUCACUCAGUCCUCAACAAGAUACGCAGGCGACAAUCUUGUCUAGUUCCUUGACACUUAUUCCUGAAGAUGCUAACCUUCGCAUUCUCAACGAAUCUCUCCUUACGCUUGCAGCUAUAUUCCCUGAUAUCCAGGCGGAGGUGUUCAGGGAAAUGCUAGGCAGCUUUGACGAAGAAAGCAGACUACAUGUAGUCACUGAGACGCUUUUAAAGCACAAAGACAAAUGGGUGCGUGGACGAUGGCGCGUUGCUGGAAAUGAGGAAGCCCGUUCAUCCGUCAGCACACGAGCAAAUUCGCCAUCCCAAGGAACCGCAUUGCCGGUCGAGGAACGCUUCCGGAGUGAGGCCUAUAGGACGGCCGUCAAAAAUGCUUUCUACCAGGAGUUCAAGGGUCUCAGUCAUUCUACUAUCAAUGCAGUUCUGGCGGAACAUAAUCAUUCCUACACGCUUACGAGACCCGUGUUAUCAGCCUUGGCUGCGAAGUCCUGGCGCUUCGCUCUUAGCAGGUUCCUGUCGAGGAGGAAGAUAACUGUCCCUUCGAGCGUCGAGGAUCACCCAUUGAUCGUCAUGCGGCCAGUUGAUGGCCAGAAAGGACGAUCUGUGCCUGUCUUGAAAAGCACCGAGAGCUCCGAAUUGAAUCGGGAGCUGUUUGACAGUCUUAUAGCUCCGGUGCUCCGGCAGCAGCGAGAGGAGCAGGAGGAUCGAGACCGAACCUUAGCUACUGAGCUAAACAACAAGGAAGCCGAGCAAUACGAUGCAAUGCAGGAUUGUGAGUGUUGCUUUAUGCCAACGGCAUUUGAGCAACUAUCUGCUUGUGACUCUGGCGGACACUUUAUUUGCUUCAGGUGCCUCAGGUACACUGUGAGCGAAGCCCUUUUUGGGCAGGGUUGGAUAUCCAACGUCAACCACCAAAGCAUCACGCUCAGAUGCAUAGCUUCUGUUUCUUCAGGAGAAAGCACCUGCAGCGGUUCAAUUCCGCAGCCGUCGGUGAAACGCGCUCUUGCGGAUGAGAGAAACGGGAAAGAGCUCUGGCGGAAGAUGGAGGAGAGGAUCAUGAACGACGGCUUGACCAAGAGCGACUUGCCUCUCGUAAGAUGCCCAUUUUGCGUCUACGCUGAGGUGGACGAUAUUUAUCUGGGCCCCAACAAGCAAGCAUGGCGGUUUAAGCGCAAGGGUCUACUAUCGCUUGCGACGUGCUUGUUGUUUUUCUUUGCUACUGGCACGAUUCCGUUCCUCAUUCCCCUGUUGAUCAUGGCUAUCUUCAUCUUACCUUAUCUUCCUCCUUUCCAAGUGCGUUUUACAACUGCCCUCUGCAACUCUCUGACGCGGUUACGUCGCGCUCGCUACGGUCUAAAGUUCACCUGCAAGAAUCCCAUCUGCCGUCGAUCUUCCUGCCUCACAUGCCAAAAGGAAUGGCGAGACAUUCAUGUUUGUUAUGAAUCUGAAAAACAAGCGCUUCGGAGCACCAUUGAGCGCGCCAUGGCAGAGGCUGUCAAGCGCACCUGUCCGCGCUGCAACCUAUCCUUUGUCAAGAGUACCGGCUGCAACAAAUUAACUUGCGUAUGCGGCUAUCAGAUGUGUUACGUCUGUCGGCGCGACGUCGCCCGCGAAGGCUACCGCCAUUUCUGCGAACACUUUCGGCCAAAUCCAGGCCAUCCUUGCGUGGAGUGUGUGAAAUGUGACCUGUAUCGUUGCGAGGAUGAAGAGGUCGCUGUUCGUCGUGCAGGGGAACUUGCGGAGAAACAAUGGUGGGAACAGCAGGCCGCGCAAAAUGCUUCCGCUCAUGGUUCACCGACUAGUAUUCGCCAAGGUCUCCAGUUUCCGCAUUCCUCGUCUUCUGCCGGCAGUUUGAGUAGGAUAUGGGCCUUCCUCUUCAACUGGAAAGUUCCUGCACGACAGGACAUCUUUGAUUCAAUUGUGGACUUGUUCUUUGAAUGA